GGGGAGGGAGGGUAACAGAAUUACUGAUCGAAGAUGCUUCGACAUUCAACUUUUAAUAGCACAAAGAAGAAGAAUAAAAAAAAUUGAAGUCCAACAAAAAUUUAAUCAAUUUCUGCCACUACUACUACCACCACCACUACUACUAGUAGUAGUACUACUACUACUACUACUACAACUACAAAUACUACUACAACUACUAGUUUUACUACUGCUGCUGCUGCUGCAAUUGCUGCUGCUACUACAACUACUACUACAACUACUACUACUAAUACUAAUACUACUACUACUACUACUACUACUACUACUACUACUACUGCAGGUCUUCUGCUGCUACCAAGAUAAACAUCACAACGGUAACCACAAGACGAAGAGUACUACAACCAGAACCAGUUCCUCUGCUCGUCAAAAACUGGAUAUAUAUAUAUAUAUAAGACCUUCCACAAAUCAACAAUUUUCUUCAUUCACCUUUAUUUUACUUUUUAUUGGGUUGUUUGUUUCAUUUUUGGAAAGAAAAAAAAUCAACAAGACUUCUCACCUGUUUGAAAUAUAAACACAUACAUAAACACACUUAUACACAUACAUACAUAUACAUACAUACAUGUAUAUAUAUGUGUGUUCACAUAUAUAUAUAUACAUGUUCGCGCACAUAUAACAAUACACGCACAUAUAUAUGUAUAUAUAUGUAUAUGUAUAUCUAUAUACACAUAUAUAAAUAUAUACACAGUGUGACAACUAAUUCUAAAACUGGAAUACAAUCCUACGAGUGAACAUUUACCGAUGUAUUGAUGAGGAAGAGAAAUGGGAGAAUGAGAGGACAGAAUUAACUGCAAUAUGCUUUUAAAAAACACAAGGUAAAAAACAUGCAUUAAAAAAUUUUAUACAGCUUUAAAUCGACAGGGACGCUAAAAUGAAUUCUUCAAAAUUCUUAAGCAAAGACGACUUGUUUGCCGAUGUGAAGGUACCAAAUGACUCAAAAUUGAAAGAGAUAGAACAGAAUUUCAAUGAAAGUGAAUGGCUCAAUAAAUCUAAUCCAUGUGGUGUUAAUACAACAGGAUGGCUUCUGCAGGAACCAAUCUGUUCAACUCGUUACGAUUCCUUCGUUGUUCUUUUAGCUGUAGCGAUAAUUCUGGGAUUUCUAAUACUGCUGACAAUAUUCGGCAAUUUCAUGGUGCUUCUAGCUUUGUACAAAUACAAAGGAUUAAGAACUUUAUCGAACUGCUUGAUAGGUAAUCUAGCGAUAAGUGACUUCUUGUUGUCUGUCACAGUACUUCCAAUCUCAGCAAGCUACGAUAUCCUUGGCUAUUGGGUGUUUGGAAACAUUACUUGCAUGUUAUGGUUGUGCAUAGAUGUUUUGUAUUGUACUGCUUCUAUUUGGGGACUGUGUACAAUUGCUGUCGAUAGAUACACAGCCACUGUUUACCCGAUAUGGUACCAAACACAAGAUACUUCAAAGCGAGCCAUAUUUUACAUCAUUACUGUUUGGCUCUUUUCUAUUGUAAUCUCAAUUGCACCAUUCAUUGGCUGGCGCCAUAUUCUUACAACAUUUUUCCAGUUCAAUAGCUUAAUUAAAGCUCAUGACUGUAUCUUGUUCAUGACAAAGAGUUUUGUACUCUACUCAGCAUUUGGUUCUUUUAUAAUACCAAUGUUUUUGAUGUUUUUUAUCUAUGUGCGUAUUUUUAUGGAACUACGAAAACGGUCAAAGGCAAGACAAGCAAAAAUCCAGGGCCAGACCCAGUUCAAAAACUCUAAAGAGAAAUCUACCGUGUCUUCACCCAAAACAGAAGAAACGUUUGAAAUGCAUCCAUUGGAGAAACAGACAACCAAUGGUAACAUGUGGCCGACUGACAACCGUCAGAGCAGUCAGUUGUUGUCCAUUGAAACUGAUGAAUCUGCUUUGACCGAUGAUGACCAUGCAGACAAAACUGCAACUUUGGUGAUGUCGUCAGAGAGUGAUACGACUAGUAAUGCCAAACUGGAAGGUCAACUUCUGAAGUGUGCACCAGAGACAACCGACUCGGAAAGAGAGCUGCUCAUGGUUACAUCGACUUCCCACAGUGACUCAGAAAAAGAAAACUGCACCGCUGCAACACCUGCAGCAGAUUCAAAAGCAGCACUGGAGAAAUCUGAGGAAUCGGUCAAUGCUAAAGUUUCCAAGACCAUGCGCCAGAGAGCCAUUAACAUCAUUAGUGAGCUCUCAAAGAAUGAUUCCAAGUCGCGCAAAGGAAAACACAGGGUUCACACUCUACAGAAAAUGCCAGAAAAGUCGACAAAGCCAGCGCUGAUGAAUGCCAAUGUCAAACGUCGAUUUGAGCAGCGAGAACAGCGAGCAACUAAAAGAAUGGCACUUAUCAUGGCCAUUUUCUGCCUUUGUUGGAUGCCAUUCACCUUUAUGUAUGUAAUUCGUAGUUUCUGCUCAAACUGUGGAAUCAAUCCGCAUUUGCAAUCUUUUAUCAUCUGGCUUGGUUACGUCAAUUCAACUCUUAACCCUUUACUCUACACAAUCUUCAAUGAGGAUUUCCGUAAAGCUUUCAUUCACAUCAUUUUAUGUCGGAAAGUCACAGCAAAGUUCUGAUCACUAAUUCUUCUUUAUAAAACUACAUGGGAAAUACCUUUAGAAAAAAAUAGUCUGAAAUGUUCCUAGAUUAGGCUUACCAAAAGAAAGGAACACACCAAGUCAUACAAUUGUCCCAUUGAAUAGAAAUUGAAAGGAAAAAAAAUUAAUAAUAAUAUUUGCAAAAAAAAUUUAAAUUGUGUAAUUUUUUUUUCUAUUAUUUGGUGAAACUGAUUGUUUUCUAAUGCUAAAAUUAAAUCAAUUUUUAUGUUUUUAUCCAUGAUAUGGGAAACAAUUAAAAAUGUUUUCAGACGCAUUCUUCUUUAAUAAUAAAAAAUAAAUUUUGCAUCUAUGAGUGAAAAUAUGUGCAUAAGCACAUGUGUGUGUGUGUACAUGUGUGAAUGUGUGUGUGAGAGAGUUUGACACAGAGAGAUGCAGAGAGAAAGGGGGAGAAGAAAGAGAAGGGUGGAAAGAUGAAUUAUUAACAGAAACAAAAAAGACAAACCAAAACUAAAAUAGCUAAUUAACAAAAAUAUACGUUAAAAUCUAAAUAACAUUCCAGUUUGUUCAUUGCAUAUUACAAAAUCUUCAUUAAAAUUUGUUGUGUUUUCUGUUGAUAUUUUAUUUUGAUAUUCUUUGAUUUUGGGGUUUCUUUUUAAUUUUUUGUUUUUCAAACUCUCUACAAGUUAUUUGUUAAUGUCAAGAAUUGAAAAACAAAAUUCGAAUUUCAGAGUUUAUUUUGUGAUUUCACCUCCUCCUCCUUCUUCUUACAAAUUUACACACAUUUACACAUAUAUACAUAUACACGAAUGCACACAAAUAUAUGUGCAAAAAGAUACACACUCACACACAUAUAAAGUCAUAUACGUACGCACAUACAUAUGUGCAAAAACAUGCACACCAACAUACACACACAUGCAUAUAAAUUCAUACAUGUACACACAUAUGUGCAGAAACACACACUCACACACAUAUUAAUUCAUACAUACAUAUAUAUAUUUACAAAAACACACACAUAUAUAUUCAUACAAGCACACAUAUAUACAUAUGUGCAAACACACACACACUCACACACAUAAAUUCAUACACAUACACACACAUAUAUGUGCAAAAACACACACACACACACACACAUUAAUUCAUACAUAUGCACACACACACGCAUAUAUAUUUGCAAAAACACACAUUCACACACACAUGAAUUCAUACAUGUACACAAUAUAUAUAUGUGUGCAAAAACACACACACACAUAAAUUCAUAUACAGAUACACAAACAUACAAAUACUAAAACGCAACCAUACACAGAUCUAUAAACAUGCAAAGAUGCAAACACUAAGACACACAAUCACAUAUACAAUAUUAAACCAUACACACACACACACAUAAAUUACAAAUAUUAAAAAAGACACGCAUACAUGAAAAACACACACAUAAACAUUUGCAAAAAACAUACAUACACAUGAUGUUAAAACAUGCACAUGCAGGCACCAAAAUAUAGAAGCAUUCUAAUACUGAAACACACAAACAUACAUACAUGCAAACACACAGGGCCUACGAAGUGGAGGGGUGUAGAGGGUCACAUUGUAUCUGGGACCAAAAGUUUUCUGGGAUCUUACAAAAUGUUUGUAUAUAUCAGAGACUAACACUGACAAAGGGAGAGUGGCCCACAACUGAAACUAUGUACACACACACACACACACACACACACACAACUACUAAAACACAGACAUACAUCCACACACAAACAUGCACACAAAAAUACAGAUACACAUACUUAUGUUAAAACACGCACACACAUACACUAACAUUAAGACACACACACAAUCUACCCACACACACAUUACCCCUCCUCACACAUGUCUCUUAUUCUCCCUCCUCUUCCUACUCCCCCACCUGGUCCAGCUUCACCCAAAGAACAUUUUUUUUAUCUAUUCUUUUCAUUUUUUAGUAUAAUUUAAUUUGUUUUUUUUUUAUUGUAAAAGGGUUAGGAUGUUGGUGUGUAGGAAAGAAAGGUGAAAGGUUGUCCUUCCUCCCUCUCUCUCUCUCUCUCUCUCUCUCUCUCUCUGUCCCUCUCACUCACCCUCUCUGUCUAUCCCUCCCUCUUUCUCCCUCCUUCUCCCUCAGUCUAUUCCCCCCUCUCUGACCUUACUUUCUAACACCUCAGACAAGUAACUUUCUUAGUUACCACAUUCUUGUCACUCACUUCAAUAAUUCUUGGCAUAAAUUGAUUUUCAAAAACUCAACUCAAAACCUCUCUCUCCCUCCUUUUCCAUCCCUCUUUCUCUCCCUCCUUUUCCAUCCCUCUUUCUUUCUCUCCCUCCUUCUCUACGUUCAUUACUUUCACCUCGAUGAUGGAAUCAGAUUGAAUUCUAAUGGAAUUUUGACAACUUUGCUUUUUCUUGCACAAAUCAGAAAAUGAAAACAGAAAACAAAGAAUGAAAAAAAAACAUAAGCUUGUAAAAAAAAAUUAGAAUUUUGAGGAAUAAAAGUUAUUGUCAUUUGAGUCUUUGAAAAGAUGACAUCCUUCAAAGAAUUUUUUUUUUUUUAUCUUUAAAAAUGGGAGGAAGCAAAAUUUAAACAUAGCAGUUUGACAAACAGAUAUUGUUAAAAUAAACAUCUGACUGAAAUAAGUAAUAAGGUUGAUAUGAACAACUAAAACCUUUAGCAGUUGUGCUCCAGCAUGGCCACAGUCCAAUGACUGCAAACAGUAAAAGUAUAUAUAUAUAUGUAUAAUCUAUGCUAGAACAUUUCUUCAAAAUUCCAUGAAAAUAUAAAAAAUAUUAGGACUUCUUUUUUUCUCCUCCAUAAAAAAUUUCAAAAAUAAUCUAUAAAUAUCCAUGUUCUGGCAAAAAAAAAAAAAAUUAGAAAAAAACUUUUUUUCUUCAAGUAUGUCGUCUUGGAAAGACAAGUGGUUUUAUUUUUAAAAAAAAUUAAACUGUAGAUGGUCAACAAUAAGCAAUGCAGCCAACUGCUGACCAUCGCAGUGGAUAAAUCUGCAUAAAAUGAUGACCAGACUCAUCAUGGUAAAAACAACAAUAUCCACAGUAUUGAUAAUGUGCCCCAGAAAGUUGAUGCCAUUAUUAAAGGUGCAGGGGGUCACCUAGCAGCUACUGUUGAGGUUCAUAGUGGAUACAACUGGCUCAAAAAAUAGGAACUUCGCAGGGUUGUUUCUUCUCCAAUUGAUUUGUCCAUGAAAAGACAAGUGAAAAAAGGGUUGAUUACAGCACCACAGUGAAUUCCAUUUAUUUGGUCAGCCAACAAUAGCAAUGCCAAUUCGAGACGCAUUCUUUUAGGACCUUUAUAUGCCGUUAUCAGAAUAAUAUGGGGAAUGAAAGUAGUAAGAGCUUUUAUAAACAGCUGCCACAGCUUCUAACUCGUUUCUUCUUCCAUUUUCCACAGAAAUUGCUUCACAAAAGACUACAAAAUCAGUUUAAUUGUCCUCUUAUGGACUAUAUUAAUUAGUUGUUGCAUUCGUUUAAUUUCUAUACACUGCAUGAAAGCUGCAGCUAAGAAACAACUACAAAAACAAACAAAACAAUUGGCUGUGUUUGUUUUAUUUGUUUGUAUUUAUGUAUUUAUUUAUUUAAUGCUUCCUGUGUCAUAAAACAACAAUCGUUUCACAUUUCAAUAUGAGUUAAAAGGACUGAUGUCUACUCAUCUCUAUUCUUCCAGCCCACAUACAAACCUCAAUGAUAGCAGCUUGCCAUAAAAUGUAGGCUUAAUUAAUAGCAAGAGAAUAAUUACUAAAAUGUAGUCACAAAUUGUAUUAUGGAGUAGACACAGAUUGCACUGAUUCCUUGAGAGAUAAUGCACCAAAAUGUAGAUUUAGCAUCACUGAAGUAUCGACGUAGUAUGCACUAACAUGUACAGGUAAAGUACUCGUAGACAGAAUGUGCAUGAAGAUGUAGGUACAAAGUUCCUGCAACAGUAUAUCCAAUUUUCUUUAAUGUCACCCACAAGCACCUAGACAAACCAGAAGCACCAUCACCCACCCACCAAAGCCAGUUUCUUUCAGCCUUUUCUACUCUUGGUUCAAAUACUAAAUUUCCAGAUAGACACCAAACUAGAUUCUGGUGCUAAUAUUUUAUCUCUGUUCCCAAAAUUCUUGGCCGGGUUUGUAAAGUUCUUCCAAAUAAAUGAUAAAAAAAACUCUAUCGUCUCUCAUCCAUUACUUGCCACUACUGCCCCAUACCAUAAAAAUAAAAACAGAUAAAUAAAUAGAACCUUCCUGACACACAAAAAGAGAGGCUGCAGAAUAUGAAAACAGAGUGGAGGCAUUACUAGACUGUUAUGACAUAUGUCCAUUCUACAUCAGAAUGGACGUACAUCAUGUUUGUUUGUCUAUUUAUGUACUAUAGAGACUGAAGUAACAACUCAAUAACAACAUCAAUAAUAAUAAUAACAACAACAACAGGCAGACGUGGAGUAAUGAGAGUAUGUCACUGAUGAGGUAGCGAAUGGCGACAAAAGGACUCUGACAAACUGAACAAAUUGAUUGACCACACAAUUAAUGAAGCAAUCCACCAGUUAAUUGGUUAAAUGGAUGACUAAUUGAAUAACGACAACAACCUUUUCUACUAUAGGCAUGAGCCCUGAAAUUCUGGGAGAGGGGCUAGUUGAUUAUAUCAACCCCAGUGCAUAACUGGUGCUUAGUUCAUCGCCCCUGAAAGGAUGAAUGGCAAAGUCAACCCCAGUAGAAUUUGAACUCAGAUCAAUAAUAAUAAUAAUAAUAAUAAUAAUAAUAAUAAUAAUAAUGUGGAGUCUGGAAGCAGAAACAAUCUCUGAUUAUAAUAAGUGCUUUGGGAAUGAUUAGAAAAAAAGUAGACAAACAGAUAACCCAAAUCCCAGAACAUAUAAACAGGGAUAAUAAAGAGAAUGGGCACAAGAGGGGGGAACAUCACGUAUCAGAUAGAAUACUAUCAAAACAAUCGAAAUAACAAAAACAAAAACUUUGCACAUACCAGAGUGCAGUGCUGCAUUAUGUAGUGCAGUGCUGCAUUAUGUAGUGCAGCGAAAGCAUAGAAUAAAAAUAUUACUGAAUGAUGAUGAUGAUGAUGAUGACGACGACGAUGAUAAUUCCCUAUUUGUCACAAGGAUGAUGUAAAAGGGAAUGUUAUAAGGACAGAUUAUGAUUAAUAGUGGAGGUUUUUCACAGAAUUGGUUCUGGAAAAAUAAAACAGGAAUGGAAAACAUCAGAAUACAAGAACAAUAAAACAAGGUAUUCCAGUAUAGUGAGUGGUGGCAGCUAGGGUCCCUUAAGGGCCAAUCAAGGAACCCAAAACAUCCAAGAUUGCUCUGAAUGCUGAGAACCACUGCUGUUCCCCAGUUAUUUUCUUUACCCUACAGAUGCAUGCUGACAGUUGGCCCAUUCACCCUUAAUAUUGGCACUAUGUCUUCCACCCCACACUGUCUCUUCCACUUUACACUAACUUUUCCAUCCUACAUUGCCUCUUUUACCCUUCAGGGUUUCUUCCACCCUGAGAGCCUACAUAUGGUUUCCUUUCUUCCAACAACUACAGCUGACCAGAUCAACAGGGUACUGGUCUCUCAGCAAAAGAGUCAGACAUUUAUACCUGUCCCAAGUCUCCAGUUGUGUGCCUCUGGCAGAGACAUGUCUCCAUUAAUAGGUACUCCAAAAAGCAGGGGCAGACUGAGCCGUUGGUCAAUCAGGCACUGCCCAAGGGCUUGGAGCUGUGAGGGGCCUGCACUCUACAUGUUAACUUAUCAAUGCUAAGGGGCCUGGUAAACAGUUAUGCCCAAAAGCCCUUAAUUCUCUCAGACUGCCCCUGCCAGAGAGGUACCCUACAGAUCACUUGUAUAAAUGCAGUAUAUGGACAAUAAGCCCUCUGUUAUGAACAACAGCUCAGAAUCAAAUUCACAUUCAAACUUCUCAAAAUCCAGUAACACUUACAAUGUACUUUUAUAGAACAGUCAGCUUCUUUGGGGGUAGCAAACCAAUUCUGAUGCAUCAUUCCUUCAAAUCAAUGCAUAAUGAUAGCAUUUCAAUCAGUUCAGCAAAUAAUCCGAUGGAUCAAUAUGUGAUGGAGCCAACCCCACCCCUUCUAUGCAUUCCUCGACACACUAUGAACCUGACAUCAAUCAUUGUGCCAACAAACCAUUCUAGAGAGAAAUUCAUAUUCAUUGAUUUGUCUGGAGUUCACAGACAGUAGAUAACAAGCUCAUAUUUUAACAUGAGUCAACUUUAUUCAAGGAGACUAAAACUCACACAUUUAAAGAUUCAAUCAACGAGACUUGAGAGCAGCAGAACUUUCUUAGAGUUGUCGCCAAUUUUACGCUAAUGUUGUUAUUCUUAUCCAUAUUGUUUGUUGUGAUUCUCUGCAUGGCUAUAAUCUUAAAUGAAACGUUUCCCUUCUAUGAAUGCGAUCUGAAGAAUAGCCAAUUAUUUAACAAGGCCGACUGAUAAUAGAUGUGGCAUUGAUGAACGAAAGAUUGCAAUGAAUAGGCUCUCACGCCAAACAUGCACUAUUUCAUGCCAAGAAUGUAUGUAUGUUUAUAUGAAUGUGUGUAUAUAUAUGCAUAUAUAUGCGUGCAUGUGCCUGUAUGUAUGUAUGUAUAUAUAUAUGUGUG